AUAUGUAUAAUGAUCCUACUUUUUGAUGGGACCAUAUAUGUGCUUUAGGAAACUUACCUGCAGCUACUGAUGUCCUCUUAGUCCUUAAUUGACUUCCCAAGUCAACCUUACUCAUCGUCAAGUUUCGACACAACAAACUUUCUCUCCUGCUUUGCUUUGCUUUUCUUGCUAUUGUUUUCUCUCUUCAUAGUAUUUCUGAUAUUUGAUUCCUUUGUUUAAAGAUGGUUAUUGGAGAGAUCAUUCUCUCGACGUUCCUUGAGGUGCUGUAUGAGAAGUUGGCCUCUGGUGUAUUGGCCAAGUUUGCACAACAAGAGGGACUUGAUACUCAGUUGAAGAAAUUGAGCAAGACGCUGUUGGUAAUUCAAGCUGUGAUUGGCGACGCAGAGGAGAAGCAGAUAACAGACAGAGCUGUGAAGCUGUGGCUGGAGGAUCUCAAUGACCUGGCUUAUGAUUUGGAUGAUUUGCUGGACCAGUUUGCCACCGAAGAUUUGCGACGCAAGUUGAUGGAUCAGGAAUCUCAUGCUAGCACCAGCAAGGUACGAAAACUUAUCCCUACUUGUUGUACUAGCUUCACUCCAAGUGCUUUAAUGUUUGAUUGCCAUAUGAGGUCCAAAAUAGAGCAGAUCAAUGCUAGAUUACAAGAUAUUGCUGCACAGAAAAAUGACCUUGGUUUGGAAAAAAAUGCUAGGGCGGAGAGAGAGAGAUUGCCCCAGCCUGCUUGGGCAAACAAAUCAGAUGUUUAUGGCAGAGAAAAAGAUAAAGAAACAUUACUUGAAUUGUUGUUAAGGGGCGAUGCCAGUGAUGAUGGACUCUGUGUCAUUCCAAUUGUGGGUAUGGCAGGUGUUGGUAAAACAACUCUCGCUCAGCUGGUGUACGACGAUGACAGUUUGGAGGGUCAUUUUGAUUUGAAGGCGUGGGCUUAUGUUUCUCAUGAUUUUGAUGCUUUUAAAGUGACAAAGACAGUUCUUGAAUCAGUCACCUUAGUUGCUUGGAACUUCGAGGAUCAAAAUAUGCUUAUGAAUGAACUAAAAGAGAGCUUGUCAGGAAAAAUGUUUCUUCUUGUUUUGGAUGAUAUUUGGAUUGAGAACCCUAUACAGUGUGACAACCUACUUAGUCCUUUUUCUGUUGGGGCACCCGGAAGCAAAAUCAUUAUCACAACUCGCAAUGCUAAUGUUGCAUCAAUCAUGCGAACUGUUCCAGCUCUCUUUUUGAAGAAGUUGAAUGAUGAUGAUUGCCUAUCUUUGUUUGCUCAAAAUGCACUCCAAAGAAGAAAUUUUGAUGCCCAUCCGGAUUUGAAAGAAGUUGGUGAGAAAAUAGUGAAAAAAUGUGAUGGCUUGCCUUUGGCAGCGAAGACGCUUGGAGGCCUCCUACGAAAAGAGUUGUGCCAAUAUGAAUGGGAAAAUAUACUAAACAGCAAGAUCUGGGAGCUAUCACCAGGAAGAAGUGGUAUUCUUCCGGCUCUUAGAUUGAGCUAUCAUCAUCUUUCUUCCCAUUUGAAGCAAUGCUUUGCUUACUGUUCGAUAUUUCCAAAGGGCUAUGAAUUUGACAAGAAGGAAGUAAUUUUGUUAUGGAUGGCAGAAGGUCUUUUACAACUAUGCAAAGGUAAAAAACGGAUGGAGGAUUUUGGCAGAGAUUGUUUUAAUAUUCUAUUAUCAAUGUCAUUUUUCCAACAAUCAAGUGGCAAUAAGACCAAAUUUGUGAUGCAUGACCUUGUAAAUGAUUUAGCUCAAUUUGUUGCCGGAGAAAUAUGUUUUAGGCUGUUGGACAAGUUUGAGAAUAAUGAGCAAUAUACAAUUCCUAAAUGUGCUCGCCACUUGUCAUACACUCGUCAAAGUUAUGAAGCCUUCCAAAAGUUUAAGGCUCUUUGUGAAGUUAAACAUCUGCGAACUUUCUUACCAUUUCAUGUUCAUGGUUCAUAUAGAUGGCCUACUUCUUACUUAACUAACAGAGUUUUAUUCGAUCUAUUGCCUAAAUUGCGUUGCUUAAGGGUGCUAUCUUUGUCUGGUUAUCACAUAAACAAGCUACCGGAUUCAAUCGACAAUUUAAAGCAUCUACGGUACCUUAAUUUGUCUUACACUUCAAUCAAAUGGUUACCACAAUCAUUGGGUACUCUCUACAAUUUGGAAACACUAUUGUUACGCAGUUGUGACCAUCUCUGUAUGUUGCCCUCAAGUAUUGUUAAUUUAAUUAACAUGCGUCAUCUUGAUAAUGCUGACACCAAGCUAUUACAAGAGAUGCCUUUGGGGAUUGGUAGAUUGACAAAUUUGCAGACAUUGUCAAAGAUAAUCGUGGGAAAAAUCAAGGGGUCACGUAUAUCAGAGUUGAAGAACCUGUUGCAUCUACGUGGGAUGCUUUCUAUUGUAAAGUUGCAAAAUAUUAUGGAUGUUCAGGAAGCAAAGGUGGCCAAUUUAAUGGAUAAGCCGGACCUUGAUGAGUUAGAGUUGGCAUGGUGCAAAGAAUUUGAUGAUUCUCGAGACAAAAAACUUGAGAUGGAUGUGCUCGACAUGCUAAAACCGCACAUAAACCUAAAAUCGCUCAAAGUUGAGUUCUUUGGGGGCAUGAUUUUUCCAAGUUGGGUAGGAGAUCCGUCAUUCUCUAAAAUGGUGACUGUAAGUCUCAUUGGUUGUACAGAAUGCAAAUGUUUACCACCACUUGGGCAAUUGGCCAUGCUCAAGUACCUAUACAUCCAAGGCAUGCCCAAUGUUAAGAGUGUGGGGGCCAAGUUCUAUGCAGAUGGUUGUUCACUGGAAUUUCCUUUUCCAUCUCUGGAGACUCUAACAUUUGAGGAUAUGCCAGAAUGGGAGGAAUGGUCUUUCUUGGAUGGCGUUGAAAUAGCUGCACGGCAAUUUCCUUGCCUCCGAGUGCUUACCAUACGUAAAUGUCCCAAGUUGAGUAGGGUUUCAAUUUUAAGGCUUUCCUCUCUUUGUGAAUUAUACCUCGAAGAAUGUGAUGAGGUAGUGUUAAAAAGAGUUACUGAUUUGAGCUCACUGACCACCUUGAAAGUUCAGAGUGUUACAGGGCUAUCUAAACUCCCAGAAGAACUCAUGCAAUUUUUAGUGGCACUUGAAUAUCUUGAAUUUGAUGAAUGUGACCAGCUGGUUACUUUGUGGCAGAAUGGUUUAUUGCUGCUACCUUGUAAACUUGAACGCUUGGAAUUACGUCACUGUGCCAAUCUAGAGAAGCUACCAAAUGGGUUGAACAACCUAACGUCUCUGAAGUGCUUGUCUAUCACUGGCUGUCCAAAACUUGUGCACGUCCCAGAAAGGGGUGUCCCACCCAUGCUUUCAUAUCUUCAGAUAGAAGGGUGCGAGGGCUUGGAGUCUCUCCCUGAUGGCUUCUCUCAUCUUGAAGAUUUGAGGGUCGAUAAUUGUUCAUCUAUGAGGUCAUGGCCAACAAACAUGUUUCCCACCACACUCAAGCGAAUUAGAAUUUCUAAUUGCCGGCAGUUGGAGUGGGUUUCAGAGACAAUGGUACAUGAGAAUAAUAGGAGUAUGUCAUCACUUGAAGGCCUUAGCAUCAGUAAUUGGCCAAAUAUUGGAAGGUUAAUUGGGUGCGUGAACCAUUUUGCAAAUCUCCUUGGACUGUGGAUAUACGAGUGUGAUAGUUUGGAGAAUUUCCCUGAAAGAGGUUUAUCCACUCCCAAUCUAAGAUGUCUUAUCAUCAGGAAAUGCAUGAAUUUGAGGUUCUUGCCACCAUUCAAUCAGAUUCAAAGCCUUGCAAAGCUUGAACUACUUCGUUGUCCAAAUCUUGUGUUGUUUGGCAAUGACAAUGGGAAUUUGCCUCCGAAACUUGUUGAAAUUUCAGUUGAUGCUGAUUACGGGAUUCCCCUGUCGAGCUGGGGCCUGCACAGACUCACCUCGCUUGAAAAGUUCCACAUCAGCGGUGGAUUUUCGGAGAUGUUUUGCUUUCCUGAUAACAAUGAAGAAGAGCUUUGUGUGUUUCCUGCAAGUCUAACCCUCUUACGAAUCUGGAAUCUCCAGAAUGUGAAAUGCAUAUCAUCCAAGGGGCUCCAGAACCUCACCUCUCUUCAAUUUCUAAGCAUCUACAAAUGCCCUAAGCUUCGGUCAUUCCCUAAGGAGGGGCUGCCUUCCACACUUCAAUCGCUGCAAAUAAGUAACUGUCCAAUUCUAAAAGAAAGGUGUGUGAAGAACAGAGGAGAUUACUGGCCAAUGAUUGCCGACAUCCCUUGCGUCGAGAUAGAUCGCCGUUACAUUUAUGAAGAAGAGUUGAGACUAAUCCCUUGAUUCAAUGGCCAUUGCUAGCUUUCUAUCAGGAAGUCAUGUUCUUGGGUAUCUGACUGCUAGCAUCUUGACUGGACCCUCUGGUCUUCUAUAGUUUGCCAACUAUGGCUGAAAAGGGCCUUCUAGGGCAGCAGCAGCAAAUCAAAAGGCCACACCUGUAAGCGAGUCACAUGCAAAAUCCCCUGCCCCUCCAGUCAAAUUCUCAAAUGACAGAGAGACUUCAACACAUUAAUAGCAUAUGAAAAGCCCCCGUUGGAGCUCAGAUCAAGCGUGUUUUUAGUCUUGCUACUAGAGGCCAAGCUGAACUUGUCACUGGAAAUGGCCUGGGAGUAUCUUCCACUGCUGUGGUCCUACAGUUGACUGUUUUGGAUAAAACCGUUGGUCACACAUGAACAUGUUUGUGCACUCCAGCUCUUGGAUAUUUGGCUGCUGGCAUCUUGAUAAUUUGGCAAAGAUGGCUGAAAUUAGACCACUGAUUUUAUUUUUCAGUGUUUGACAAAGGUUUAGGUCGGGAUUGAGAUUAGGUGAUGAUGAUCCCAUGUUUGAUUAAUUUAUGUUGUUCAGUCAUUGGACAGUUGGAUGUGUUGAAUUUCACUUCUCAAGUCAUCAGAAGCUCAUGAGCAAAUCUAACUAGUUCAACAGUUCUGCAGCACCAACAGAUUCCAUUGAUGUUUAUAAGUGGCAGCUGAUUUCUUCAGCAAUCUGCAUGAUUAAGGUGUUAAGCCUCUUCACAUUCUUCUAUCUACUGCUAUGUUUUAGGGAGAGUUUUUAAUGGGCAUUUGGUUGCUGGGAACGUGAUUGGACUCUGUGGUCUCUCUAUGCUUCGUCGUCUGUUGCUGAAUUCGGAAUUGUUUUCUUAUUAGUUAAUAUUGGCCUCGAGCUCUUUGUUGAAAGAUUAAGUUUCAUGAAAAAAUAUGUUUCGAAUUCGGCUUUUGUCAGGGUGUUGGUUGCUUUGGCUGCUCAUACUGUAUCUGGGCAGCCUGGUCCUGCUGAAGUUGUCACUGAGAAUGACCUGCGAUUUUCUUCGGCUUCACUUCCCGCAGGCCACAACUAAGAAGUGGCCAUUUUUGCUUUGAAUGAACUAUUGUGUGCUACUCGACAAAUGCAACCAUAUACCAUCUAUGUAGAACAAAAGAAGGUGACCGUGUGGAGCAGUGUUGAUCCAACCACACUGGUAAAGAAGCUGCCAAUUUAGGAAAAUGUGCAGAGAUGUGGAGAAAGCUCAAAGGCUCCAAAGUUGGAGAAGAUGUAAAUUGAGAAUGUAAAAGUGGCAAAUACAACAUAUUACUUCAAAGAAGUGUUCAUAAAACACACUUUAUUCAAUUAUUAAAUUCCUUUCUUCUUUCUUUUUUUCCUAAAAGCAAUUCAGACACUUUUUCAAUACUACAAA